UCGCACACUCCCAUACAUAAAACUCUCACUAUCCCCAAAGAACAUACUUCAAGCAAUCUGUCUCCGUUAUUUUCUCUCAUCUUCUCGAGAAGGGUUUCAGGGGAAGCGAGAGUCGGAGGGAGAAGAAAUGGCAGGUGCUGCAACAUCUGGUGCUGUGUUGAAUGGGUUGGGAUCUUCCUUCUUGUGCGGAGGAAAGAGAAGCCAAUCUCUUUUCUCUGCUAAAUCUAACGGUGCUGCUAACAAUGCCGUUGGCCCUAAGAAGUUCUUUGUAGCUGCUGCUGCUAUUCAACCCAAGAAAUCUUGGAUCCCCGCUGUUAAAGGCGGUGGCAACUUCAUCGACCCCGAAUGGCUAGAUGGCUCGCUCCCAGGUGACUAUGGCUUUGACCCUCUUGGCCUGGGCAAGGAUCCAGCAUUUCUGAAGUGGUACAGAGAAGCAGAGCUCAUCCAUGGCCGGUGGGCGAUGGCGGCGGUCGUCGGAAUCUUUGUUGGCCAGGCAUGGAGCGGAGUUCCCUGGUUCGAGGCCGGUGCUGACCCUUCUGCCAUUGCUCCUUUCUCCUUUGGCUCACUUCUGGGCACACAGUUGCUGCUUAUGGGGUGGGUAGAGAGCAAGAGGUGGGUGGACUUCUUCAAUCCUGAUUCACAAUCAGUGGAGUGGGCCACGCCGUGGUCGAGAACAGCCGAGAACUUUGCCAACGCCACCGGCGACCAGGGAUACCCUGGAGGCAAAUUCUUCGACCCAUUGGGGUUUGCAGGCAAAAUCAAGGAUGGGAUUUACAUUCCUGACAGAGAAAAGCUGGAAAGACUCAAACUUGCUGAGAUCAAGCAUGCUAGGAUUGCUAUGUUGGCUAUGCUCAUUUUCUACUUUGAAGCUGGACAAGGGAAAACACCCCUUGGUGCUCUUGGCUUGUAAACAAAACAUUAAUGUGUAGAUAAUUGAAAUUGAAGCUAGACAUUUUGCAUAUGAAUCUCGUCUUGUAGGGGUACUGAGUAGUUCCCCCUAAGAAAUUCAAAUUGUGUGUUCUGAUCUUGGAGUUGCAUGCAUGAGCGUGAAUUGUGUAAUGAUGCAUGAUUGUGAUUGUGAGGAGAUAUGGGAAACGCAUAGUUAGGUUUAUAUGAAA